AUGCGUCGAAAAGUAUGCCCCUAUGGGCGAACCAGUCUUCCGCGCCCGAGCAGCGCACACAUAGCGAGCAUGCAGCUGCUCCUCAUAAGCACCAUUCUUAUGGUCAUCGCUGACGGCAUCUCAGCUGCCUCACAACUAAAGCUGCUCAUAAACGACGAUGAGCUGCUGCUGCAGCCGCCACAGCCAGUGCAAGUUGAAGCACUCGAGCGGCCUGAGGGCCAUGAAGCGGCGGACGAUCCCGACGAACGAUUCAAUCUGUAUCGCAGCGAGCUGAAGCGACUCUCCUAUGAGACCAUACAUCGCAUUUUGCGUGACGAAAACGAGCCAAUCUAUCGGCGUGAGGAUGCCGAAUUGCGCUACUAUCAGAAGCGCUUCUACCAACCGACACACGAAGUGGUGCGGCGAGCGGCUCCAAUCGUACAAGUGCGAGAGGAAAUCGAACAAACGCCGAUGUUGAUAAAACCCGCAGAAAAUACUCUCAAACUUACGCACGCGCAGCUGUUGAAUUUCGAUGCUACUCGCGACUAUCACGGCAAUCGUACCAUCAUUCAAACACUCGAUUUGAGCAACAACCAACUGCAAAUGGUGAAUUUGAGCGCUUUCACGGCACUGCAGCAAGUGGAGCUCGCCAACAAUUCACUCACUGCAAUACCUCUCAGCGGCAACGCGAGCAGCACGAUUGCGACACUCAAUCUGAACGGUAAUCAAAUUGCGCACGCGGAGGCGAUAAGCAACCCAAAUCUACGCGAAUUGCAUUUGAGUGGCAAUCGAAUCACCCGACUAGCACAUCUCAAUCUAUCGAUGUUGAGCGCACUCGAAACACUCGAUCUGUCGUGCAAUCGCAUUGCCGAACUGGAAACGGCCUUCUUUCCACAGCGCAUGCACAAUCUGAGGCAUUUGAAUCUGGCUUACAAUCGCUUGGGCACCAUUUAUCGGGAGACUUUCUACAAUUUGCUCAGCUUGAAUACGCUGCUCCUGAGUCACAACAACAUCAGUGACAUUGAUUAUGAGACCUUUUUGGCGUUGCCGAAUCUGCAAUAUCUGGAUUUGUCCUACAAUCAGUUACGCGGCGAAGCUAUACGCGCCCUGCAAGGUAUACCGGAUUUGGUGCGCCUGUCGAUCGCCUACAACCCGGAAGUGGGCGCAGCUAUGCAGGAAUUUGUUGCUUCGUGGAGUUUAAAGGAGUUGGAUGCGAGCGGUACUGGAUUGUGUCAGAUACCGGCGGCAUUGGCGCAAUCGGUGAGGACGCUUAAGCUGACCGACAACUGGCUGAAGAUUAUCAACUGUGGUGACUUGGAUAGCUAUCCGUUGUUGCAGUACCUCGACCUUUCUCAUAGUCGCAUCGAGGAUAUCGAAGACGAUGCACUCGGCCGGCUGGAGAUACUUGAAACACUCUUCCUCGACCACAAUCAGUUGCACAAAGUGCCCAUCAGCUUGCCCACCUCCCUGGAGCAUCUCUUUCUGCAGCACAACGAAAUCAUGGACAUACAAGCACAAACCUUCCAAGGACUUAACAAUCUGCAAACGCUCGAUCUCUCCGGCAAUAAACUGCUUUAUUUGCCAGCACUGCCUUUGCCCAAACUGCUGACGCUCAAUUUACGCGCGGCCGGCUUACGGGGUGUCAGCCAAGCAAUGGUGCAUACGUUGCCCCGUUUGCGUGACCUGCUGCUCGAUGAGAAUCCAAUUAAGUGCAGCGAUUUGUUGAGCAUCGCCGAGUGGGCGAGUCCGUGUAGGAUAGUGGAGCGCAGCAGUGCCGGCAGUAGCUAUAACAAUACCGAAUUGGAGAGCUUUAAUAUUGAGGGCAACAGUAUUAUGGGCGACUUGGGAGAUGAAGAGCAGCAGAGUGGCGAUAAUCGGAUUGGCAAUGGCAAGAGUGGAGGCGAACAAAUGAUUGCUAUGAGUGCAAUAGCAGACAAACUGGGUCAGCGGCAAGUACCAGUGCAACGUGUAGGAGAUGAGGCGCUCGUGAAUAGGGAGUCGACAGAGGAAGAGUUAUCGUUGGACAUAGCAAAAAGAAUCAAACUGAAACAAAAGUUUGUGCGGAUGCACAAUUUUUUUGAAAAGUUUAAGAGUAAUUGCGGAAUGCAUGGAAAAGCGGCGGCUGCAGAGGAAGCCGUCAAACCCACAUGCACCAUAGAGUUGGAUAGCAGCAGCAGCGAGCAAGCAGAGCGCGCUGAAAUAGUAGCAGCAGAUCCUAACACCGAAACACGCGAGACAACUUUCAAUUUGCCAAACGAGAAGCGAAGGCAAAGCGAAAAAUCAAACAUCAAAAUGGCAAAGUUAUCAAGUACGCAACAAGGGGAUAUGGAUGGAAAGAAUAUGAGAAGCGUAGUAGAGAACAAUGAAGAUGGCGUAGCGCGUAGGGAGACCAAGAAGGAAGUGGAGGGCAUUGGGGCUGAGAUCAAACUUUUCAAGUUUAAUCAAAAGAAUUUUACGGCUGAAAUGGUAGGAAAUACAGAGCCAAUUACACUAACAAAAACUCCAGCAACAACGCUUGCAAAGUUAGCAGCGGAAGCAACGUUUGAUUACAAGGCAAACGCCACAAAAGCGCCAGCAACAACAAUUAGCCGUGUAAGCGAGAAAGCAAAGUCAGCGCAGCCAACUGGGGAGCCAACUGGGGAGCCAACUGGGCCAGCGCAGGGCAAAGCAGUUGCAGCAACAACAAACAGACAAACGAUAAAAUUUACCACGAUAGCAACGCCAACCAAAGCGCCGUUAGCAGCAAAAACUUUGCGGCAAGUUGCAACUGUUGCAACAGGAAACGGUGCAGCAGCCACAGCCACAGCCACAGCCAAUUCAUUGAGGCAACAAAUCAAAGCAGCAACAACUGUUGCCACAAAAUAUGCAGCAGCAGAGACAACUGCGCCAGCAUCCACAAAAUCGAUAGUAGUUACAACAAAAUGGCCAACAACAACAACAAUCCACACUAAAGCCGAUGCACCUAAAACUAAGCUUGCAAACUCAACGCUGCACGAGCAACUUACUGCAAUGGCAACAACAACUACAAUAAACAGCAUUGUUGUAAGUAAUAGAGAGCAGCGGCGAGAAAAACAAAUAGCAAAUGAAACAGGAACAACAACACGCUCGAUAAAUGCUAAGUUGGCAGCCAAGUCAUCAUUAAAUAAUACCAAAGAGAUUUCCGCAUAUCAGCAGCAGCAACAGCAAAGCACGGAGAAUGCGCCAGAUAUAAGCCAGGGCAACGAAGCAACAACAGCAGCUACAACAAGAACAACAAUAAAUGCUGAUGCUGCAACUUCAUUGCAAAUAACAAAGUACGAAGCAGCAAAAUAUGCCAGCACAGCAGGAGCUAUCGGGCAACUGCCACAGACAAUAUCGGUGGCGCAUAAAACAGACAGCAACAAUUACGUGACAGCAACAACAUCAACAGCAACACAAGCAAACUCUAAAAUAUUACCCAUAGCAGCAAGUUUCUUUCAAAUAAAACGAGCUCAAGUACAGCCAAGCGCCGAAAUGGCUACUCGAGCAACUAAUGCAACAUUUAAUGUUGCUGCAACAAAGUUGAUAGGCAAAUCGAAAACAACAAGGCAGGAGAUGACGGCUAGUCCCGAACCAGCAUAUCCGAGUGAGCAUACAAAGGGUGAGUGGAAAACACUGAAGAAAGCAGCGGCGGUGAAGGCAAAACAUGUGCCAACAACAACAAUAAAAGAAUCAGCACAACUGUCAGAGGCAACAAUGCAGUCUCAUUCACUGGUCCAACAGAGAGUAGAUAACAAUUUAACUCGAAAUGACAGCGACAAUGACGGCUAUAAAGUGCAGUCAAACAAACAACAGCAACACCCGCGCGCGGUAGAGGUAGCAGAAGCACAAAGAGUGACAGCAACAGCGCCAGCAAAACAAUUGGCAGGGCCAAAGGCAACACAAUUUUGGCAGCAACAUAAUUUUAAACGAGCAAAUCCGUAUCCAAACGACAUUUCCGGUCAACGGCGAGAAAACGGGGCGAGCCACCAGUGGCAGCAGACAGAAGAUGAAGCCACCACCGCCACCACCGAGCACACAAUAGACACAACAGAAGCAAUAGUAACAACAACUACAACCACAACUACACACGCGCCACCACACAAGCAUGAGCCGCUACAGCUGCACAUACGAGAUCGGCAUUUAAUUGGAACACCGUUGCUCAUGCACCGUGGCCAAAAUAUGCUGGUGGAGGCGGCGGAGGCGCUCAGGCUAACGACUGUGACAGGAAAGCCAACAGCAACAACAACAGCAACAACACACCACGUGACAGCCACGAGUACUUCGAAAGCAACAAACGCAAUAUUGCAGAACGGCACUGCUUUGGCUAAAAGCCAACCAACGGAAACAGAACAUCAAAAGUACAGUCACCCCUACGCGGAGAUGGAGGCAAAGGUCCAUUUGCAGUUUAGUACAAAAUCUACAAAUAGCAAUAACUUCUCUAACUCAGAACGCGCAGAAGCGGAAGCAAUAAAGGUUGAGACAAAUGUGACGCCAGAGCAUAGAAUUGGCAGCGACGACCAUCAACGCCAGAGCCAGCACUUCGAUAGUCGGGCAGAUAAGAAAAUGCUGGCAGGAAAUUUAGUAGCAGCAACAACAACACAAAUAGAGGUGAAAACCACAGCUGCCACUGCAACCACAACCGCAACCGUCAACAUAAACGCAGAACAACAUAAAGCAACAGCAAGCGAGGUGAGCAGGAUGAACAAAGCGUUGCCAAGGAAGCAUGACGAGAUAUCAGCAAGUGGCGGCGGACGGCACAAACCUACGUUAAUUAUGAAGAAAAUGACCAUACAGACAAAACAUCCACAGCACACGCCAACAACACAGCAACAACAACUACAGCACUACACACUCAAUACGCCACGUGAAAAUGAGUCUGUGUUGCGCGGACGCAGUAGCGAGGCGGUGACAGGUGGCGCGCACGCACUUUCAGGCAAAAUUUCGAGCGCGGCUAACGUUUUACUUGAUAAUGGCAGCGCGCACGUCGUGCAUGCAGGCACCGAACACGCCGAAUCGGCGCACAACAUGCCUAAGCAUAAGCACAGCACUGUAAAUACGCCCAUAAAAAGAGAUAGCCGCGACGGUUUGUUGGCCGCAAUGGAGAGCGCGCAGUUUGAUGAGCAAGCGGCGCAGGAGAAACUGGAUGCACCCACAGCACAGCACUCGAUUAGCAGCCCGCGCCGUGAACACGCACCUGCACAGGAACACGAACAAGAGCGUACCGCUUCACGCUCUCAAACGCAAAGGUGGUUGGAUGUGCGCAAGGUUGGACCCGGCACCGCGCACCCGGGCGUGGUCAUUUUGCUCUCCUUCUCGCUACUCGCCAUAUUGUUGGUCGGCCUGAUGCACGUCUAUCGCUGCGAUGUAUUGCCAUGGCGUCGCCACUUGCUGGCACAUCAGCAACGGCCGCAUCAUCAGCGCCAAUUCAAUGCCGCCACCGAUGAUGACGCGCAUAGCUUCUUGCAUUAUCACAACAAUGGCGGUGGUGAACAGCAGCAGCAGCAGCAGCAGCAACAGUGGUCGCAACAACCGCCACGCUGGCACCAUGGCGCGCGCGCCCUUGCACCCUACAGCUCACCGCUGCACAAUUUGCACGUACGCGAAUUGCAAAAAACUUCCGCUGUAGAACUCGAGGCAGCAGCGCGCGUUACACGCAACUAUUACGAUGUAAGACCGUAUGCGAAAACCGUUGCGGCGACGCGACACAACGGCAGUACUGCCAGCAGUACGAGCGGUGAUACUUCACGCAAUAGCAGCAGCAGCCUCAGCAGUGCACAUUCCUCCUCGACUGCGGAUGACGCUUUCUAUGUAGAAAUGGUGGCAGAGUGUGGCCACUUAGCUGGUUGCGGCAGCGCGAACGAUGCGCUACACUGUGACAUGUUGCCCAUGGAGUUGUUGGCGGUGGCGUCGUCAAGCAAGCGAAACGAUGAAAAAGAGGCAGAUACAGCAGUGCAUGAGACUGUGAGUCGGCGGUUGGGUGGCGCGGAGGUGGACGAAGCCGACGGUGCGGGUGCAGCGAUAGGCGCUAAAGCCGGCAAGCAGGCAACAAAGGCGCGCGAGUAUAGUGGCAGCAGCGCGCUGAUGGCCGGUGGUUAUCGAAGUAAAAUGCGCUCAAAUACAACAGCUUAUACAGCACCACCAACGUCUUCUACGCGCAAAUUUGAUUUGUGGUGA